GUUGCCUAGGACAGUGGCCUGGUCCCGGGGGCUGUUGUGGGGAGUUGAAGAACACCCUGACCUCCUCCAUCAUGUCAGCCAAGAGGGCAGAAUUGGAGAAAACACAUCUGGUAAAAGAGAGACAUUGCUGGACAAGCAAGAACUACAAGGCAGUUUGCCUGGAAUUGAAGCCAGAGCCGACCAAAGUAAGAAGCCCUUUUGAGGCCAUGCCAGCAGCCAGGCCUGAGAUCCAUGGGGAAGUGACCAGGAGUCAGGGGUCAUUUGCUGAUCCUAGUGGCCAAGAUUUGUCCCAGACAUUUGAUUACAAAGCAGUUAAACAAGAAGGGCGGUUUACCAAAGCAGGAGUGACACAGGACCUAAAGAAUGAACUCAGGGAAGUGAGAGAAGAGCUCAAGGAGAAAAUGGAGGAGAUAAAACAGAUAAAGGAUCUAAUGGACAAGGAUUUUGAUAAACUUCACGAAUUUGUGGAAAUUAUGAAGGAAAUGCAGAAAGAUAUGGAUGAGAAGAUGGACAUUUUAAUAAAUACACAGAAGAACUAUAAGCUUCCCCUUAGAAGAGCACCAAAGGAGCAGCAGGAGCUCAGGCUGAUGGGAAAGACUCACAGAGAACCACAGCUCAGGCCCAAGAAAAUGGAUGGAGCCGGUGGAGUCAAUGGAGCACCCUGUGCUCUUCACAAGAAGACGAUGGCACCACAAAAAGCAAAACAGGGCUCACUGGAUCCCCUUCAUCACUGUGGGACCUGCUGCCAAGGGCAGAUGAGGUGCCUAGCAGGCUGCCCUUCUUGGACCAGGGGAAAUCGAUCUUUCUUGUGCCGUUUCUGUCCUCUGCAGGAGAAAUGUUUGUUGCGUGCUCUAAAGAACAACUACAAUCAGGGUGGGAAAUAUUCACACCAGGUCUGGGCACCCUUUUCACCCUUGGCUUCUGGAGCUGCCUUCUGAUUUAUCUGUACCUCAACCCCAGUGACAUCGAAUAUGUGUUUCCAACCUAACGCAGCUGCAGAACCUACCAGCAGUUCCGGUUCGUCACCUCCCAGCUCCUUAAGAUGCACAGUCAGGGCUUCUUGUCCUGUUAAAUACCACCCCAACCCCAGGCCUCCACUGGAGAUUAAAAACCUUCAUUCAAAGCCAAA